AACUCUGCCCUUUUGUGCAAUUAUACCUGAUAUAGAAGAAUAAAGCAAAGCAUAGACGUGGUUUGACGUUGAUAAUACUAGAUAAGCCGCGCAAUUGAAAAUUCAAAUCUCUUAACGGCUGUUACGUGAGGCAGCGCCAAAAAACCGGUUACUUCAAAUUGGCCAACUUGAAAAGUGGAGUCACAGGCGAGAAAGUAGAAAUCUAUUGAUUUACACCGAACUGCUGCUGCCACGCCAACACAAUGCAGGAGGCGUUUGUGAACCUAAACGGCAUACCUACGCACAUCAUAACGUGGGGCAAAUGGAUCGAGGAGUCGCUGAAUGAUGUACAGGAGGUGGUUAUUUGCAUAACAGGCAAUCCGGGACUGCCAGGCUUUUACACGGAGUUCGGUGGUGCACUGCAACAGGAGCUGAGCUCCGACGGACAAAAUUUGCCCGUCUGGGUGAUAGGCCACGCUGGACACGAUGAUCCGCCCGAGGCGAGCAUACGUGAGGUGCCGCAGCUCAGUGGCAACGAGGAGCUCUUCAAUCUCGGUGGACAGAUUGCGCACAAAAUAGACUUUAUCAAAAAGUAUGUGCCGCAGCAUGUGAAAAUACAUCUCAUUGGGCACUCGAUUGGCGCAUGGAUGAUACUGCAGCUGCUCAAGGAACAGGAGAUACGGGAUCGCAUCAAGAAGUGCUACAUGCUAUUUCCCACCGUGGAGCGCAUGAUGGAGUCACCGAAUGGCUGGCUAUUCACCAAAGUUGCCAUGCCACUUUAUUCAGUUUUUGGCUACGUUUUCUUUAACCUGUUCAAUUGGCUGCCUGUCUGGAUACGCAUCUUCCUUAUACAAAUAUACUUCUUGAUCUUUGCCAUACCCAAUCACUAUAUUGGCACCGCUCUCAAGUACACCAAACCAUCGGUGGCGGAGAAGGUUGUGUUCCUGGCGGACGACGAAAUGGGCCGUGUUCGCGGCUUGCAGCGUGAUCUUGUCGAGGAGCAUAUGCAUCUGUUAAAGUUCUACUAUGGGACCACAGACGGCUGGGUGCCAGUCUCCUACUACAAUCAGCUGAAAUUGGAUUUUCCCCAAGUGGACGCACAGCUGGACAGCAAAGGCAUCGCUCACGCAUUCGUCUUGCGACAUUCCAAGCCCAUGGCAAGCAUUGUUAGCAAAAUGAUACAGCAGAAUCUGCAUUGAAUCCCACAUCCAAGUGGGCGCAUUUAGCCAAUUGUUGCCUAAUCUUAAUCUUUUAAGCGAAUAUUUGUAGACCACGUUUAGUUUUUGGUAGAAUGGAAAGUUAUACAAUGGACAAAAUGGAAUUUUAGGCCAGAUGGUAAUAGUGGUAAUAAAGCAUCGAAUGCUCUAGUAA